CUUUUGCGCUUUUAUUUAUUUAUUUAGUCUUUAGUGGGGAUUUAUAGCGCUUCCUAAAAUAUGCGCCAGUUCCAUUACGUUACGUUGCGCAGAAUGAGCGUUUGUAAAGAGCGACAGCCUCAUCGUGCAGCUCCGCCAUGGGGCCCAAACACUCAACGGAAACAACAACAACAAGCGCGAUGGAGGCGCUGCAGGCGGGAGGGGGACGCCUGCCACAGGAACGAGAGCAGGCUUCCGCAGAGAGGAUUGGGGAUCUAAGCUGAUCCGGAUCAUAAAACUUCCGAAAACUGUUCUGGCCUCAUCGUGGAGCUGCACCGCGGGGCCGCAGAGCCAGCAGCUGGAGAUGGUGAAGCCACAGAGAACGAAGCUGAAUCGAGUGAAGCUGCUGCAGAUGCCAAACCCUCAACGACUACAGAGAGACACAUCUCCAUCCAGACACAACUGGAGGGUCUGGAGAUGCUCGCUGACUUGAAUGGCGCGGGGCGGAAAUCGUGUCCAUUGUGUUCUGAGGAGAAAUUCAAAGCUUGUUACAGCCACAAACUUCGCCGCCACCUGCAGAACCUCCACUGGAAGGUCUUUGUGGAGUUUGAAGGAUUCAGGAUGUGCAUCUGCCACCUGCCCUGCAGAAACCUGAAACCAGGCAUCAGUGGAGAUCAGGCGUCAGGGAGGCACGUGGCUCACUACCACUGCGUGGUUUGUUCUGUCACCAUCGCCCGGAAGACCGACAUGAUCAGCCACCUGAAGCGUCACGUCAACAAAGGAGAGACGGAGGCCAGCUACUCCGGGAGCCUGGAUGUACAAUUUGAAGAGCCGACUCCGUCCGGUCAGGCCUACGAGAUCAUGAAGGAGCUGGGAACCAACGUGCAGCUCCUCCCAAACUACUCCACCCCUCAGAAGAGUGACACCUACUUCAACCGCAAGAUGAAGACCAACAGGCAGCUGGUGUUCUGCUCGCUGGCUGUUCUGGCUGAAGAGAGGAACCCACUGGAGUGUCUGGAUGCUUUUGGAGCCACAGGCAUCAUGGGGCUCCAGUGGGCCAAACACCUUCGCAACUCUGUCAAAGUGACCAUAACGGACAUCAGCGAUACCUGCGUCAAAAUGAUCAAAGAGAACUGUGAGCUGAACAACAUCCGCGUGGACGGAGGCUCCCGGACCCCCCGGGGGAACGACGCCCAACCCAUCGCUACUGUAGAGGUCGUCAAGAUGGACGCUAACGUCAUCAUGCACCUACGACCCUUUGAUUAUAUACACCUGGACCCUUUUGGAACAGCUGUGAACUACCUGGACGCUGCCUUCAGGAACGUCCGUAACAUGGGAAUCAUCUCAGUGACGUCCACAGACACCGGCUCGCUGUACGCCAAGUCUCCCAAUGUCACCCAGCGCCACUACAGCUGCCAUAUUGUACGCACAGAGUACUACAAAGAGCUGGCUGCUCGUAUGGUGUUGGCUUCUGUCGCCAGGGCAGCGGCACGAUGCAACAAAGGCAUGGAGGUGCUGCUGGCGGUGGCGCUGGAGCACUUUGUCCUGGUGGUGGUGAGAGUCCUCAGAGGCCCGACGCAGGCGGAUGAGUCGGCUAAGAAGUUACGCAAACUGGUCCACUGUCAGUGGUGUGAGGAGAGAGUCUUUCUCAAGCUGGGAAACAUGGUGGACGACACACUGCCCUGUAACUGUCAUGGAAGUUUGCCUGGAAAAACCGCCGUGCUUCUGGGACCACUGUGGUCUGGUCCUCUUUUCAACACGGGCUUCCUAAGGAGGAUGCUGUCUGCAGCGGUGCAGCACAGCAUGGACGACAUCCAGCCGCUUGUCAAAACCCUCAUCUGCGAGUCCGAGUGCACCACGCUCAAGUCCCUUGUCCACGGGUCAUCUGCCCUCACCAACCAGGUGGAGUGUGGUGUCGUCAUCAAGACUUUACAGGAAGGAGGGGAGGCAGGUCCAACUGAUCAGUCGGGAAAGAGGAAACUUGGGGAGGAGUCUGGGAAUGUUCUGAAGAAGAUAAAACCGGAUGCAUCUCUGGAGCACCCGCCUUUUUACUACAGCAUCCAUCGCCACAGCAUCCGAGGCAUGAACAUGCCCAAGCUCAACAAGUUCCUCCAGUACCUGACAGAGGCGGGUUUCAGGGUGAGUCGUACGCACUUUGACCCGACGGGGGUCCGAACCGACGCCACCCUGCAGCAGUUCAAAUCCGUCCUCACGAAGUACAGCGUCCACACCUGCACCACCUCCACCACCACCCACACGCACACCCAGACCAGUGUGAGCACAGAGUCGACGCCCUGAUCAAAGGGGCAGAGGAACUGGCCUCCACUGAACCCUGCACUGACCGAGUUUGAUCGGGAUCACUGGAACUUUGUUUGAUCAAGCUAAAACCACCGGAUCCUGCAGCAGCACAUACCUGCUUUUCUGGGGAUGAUAUAUUUAUUCUUUUGGAAAUUCUGCUGUUGGCAGACUUUUGUUAUCCAGUGUUUUUUUUCCUUUUUUCCUUACAAAAAAGAAAUAGAAUUAUUUUGUUCAACCUGCAUUUUCUUCUUUUCUGUACGUCUGUCGACCACAGACUCUACGUUUAUGCAGGUUUGUCUUGUUUUGCUGAAUGAAGCUCAGCUCCUUUGGCAUCAGAUUGCAGUCUCUAAUCUGGGGUUCAUACUUGAAGGGGUAAACCUGCUAAAAUCUAAGGCUUUAAUGAUCCAUUUCUCCCACAUUAAGGUUUAAACCUUGAUUUUUGAGUCAGUUUUAUUUUGGUUUGAUAUUUGAUUUGUGUAUUACAAAACAAGAAAAACCUAAAACAUUUGAAAAAUUCUUUUUUUUUUCAUUUGCUUAUAAGCAAGAAACAAUGAAGAAAAAUGGUUUUCAACUAAGCCUGGUGUAAUGUAAUAAAACAGUUAAUAAUUGAAGGCGUGAAUGGCGCUGUACUUGUCCCCGCCCUCACUUGCUGAGCAGCCGCUGCACCCCCCCCCACCACUCAGGUCUGUCGCCACCCAUGUGUGUAAAUGUAUGAGCCAUGUCAAUCACUUAGAAGCCUUUCUGACACCCCCCACCCCCUGCCUCUCCUCUGCCAGCCUUGUCAAAGCUGCAUGAGAAACAUUCAUGAAAAAAAAAAAGUUUUUCAAAAUGGCUGCUUUUCUGUUGGUUUUAUUUCCAUAGCUACAAUUUUAUGUUUGCCUGGGGGUGAAGAACAUGUCUGUAAUUUUUAAAAGAAUCUGCAAAAGCAAAUUUUUGGAUUUCCAUGGCAAAGGAGAUUUUUUUUUUUUGCUAACCACGCCUAUACUCCUUAUAUGGUCAUAUCCUUUUGUUCAGCUUUAGCCAGGGAUUCAUGUAUAGCAUUUUUACUAUUUACCAGUAAAAACUGUGGGAGCAAUUGGGGAACAUCAAUUUUGUGAGCUCGCCAAACAAUUGCUACUCAAAAAUGACAUCUUCUAAUUCCAAUCAUUUUUUUUUCUAGUGAUGCUCGAGGAUUUAAGAGGCAACAGACCGUUAUCCCUUUCAAAGUCAGCAUGCAGUAGGGAUGCAGCGGUUUACGUUCCCCAUGAUUGGGUUCAGUGGUGUAACAUAUGGUUCCAUUUUAAAACGAGGAGUGUGGCAUUUCUGCUAAAAGCCCGUUUAACCCUGGAGAACCCACGAGCAAUUUUCUUCAGGGCUUUUAAAGUUACUUUGACAUUUUUCUUAAGUUUGUUCAUUUUGGGUAGCAGCAAUUAACGGCAGCCAAAAAAUAUUUAAAAUAAAUAAAUAAAAAUAGAAACACAGAAUUAUCUACAUGAUUGAGAUACAAUGGAUUUCUUGCCAUUGACAGGAGGCGUUUGACGGAUGCCAGGAUUUUAGGUGUUGGCUCAGAAAAGCCUUCAGGUUGUUAUCAGUGAAAGCUGCCAAACCCGGCAUCCUGGGAGGAGGGGGGGGGGGCAUCUGAGGGUCAUCGGUGGCAUGUUGGCCUGGAGAUAGGGGAAAUUCUUGAGACUUGACACAUUUUCUGCCAUCAGUGUGCAGUUAUCAUUAGGAGGAUGGAUGUCUGCCCCCCUCCCCAAAUCUACAAAGUAUUGCCAAAAGUUGACUUUAUAAAAUGGCUUUUAUAAUGUAGGUGAAAUUUGUGGAUGUCUGACUCCACCAUCAUGACUCCAUGAGAGUCUGGCAGUCUUAGGUCCAAUGGAACGGACGAAACUUUUCCUUUUCAUCCCUAAAAUUUGACCCUUGUGGGUGUGUCCUCAUUCAAAGUUUGACAGUAGGAAUCUACUUAUUUAGGCCUCGAAAAACUCCUAUUGGAAUACAUCUGACAGAUCCAACUGCUUUUUCUAGACGCUCAAAUCUAACUUAUUGGAGACUGAUGAUGAAGGUGACCCAGGACCGCAUAGAAAUGAAGCCUGUUUCAUGGUAACGGGGCGGACAUGAGAAGCUUGAAUGAAUGUAGUGCCCCCAUGUGCUUUAUUUAUUAUUAAUUCAAUCUGCAUUUAUUUGUUUAUGCUCAGGUUAGAUGUUUAAAUGCGUAGAUUUGUCAGGAACUGGCGUCACUGCUGCUGAAAAGCAACAACGCUGCAGGGCACACCGUGACGCAGAACCUGAUAUCCUCGCCCUGUUACUUCUCUGUCAACUGUGUGUUUUGUGUAUGAACUAAAAAAAGACAGUAGGU